AUGGACGUUUCAACAUUAGAAUUCUACUCGUUGUUCUGCUCACAAUUUAUGCUGCUAAUGUGGACAGUGAAAGAACGAUAUAAGUUAAUUAACGAUUAUUUCAUCACAAUGAUGAUUUGUCAAAAUUCUUUUGAAUUAAAAAAUUCUAAAUUGAGGAAUGUUAUGCGGCUCAAUAAUCAACUUAUUAAAAUUGUUGAUGACAUCAGCUUUUACUAUGGUUUGCCAAUGAUAAUGAUUAUCGGAGUGGGAUUCUUGGUGAUUAUUUUGUGCACGUUUGUGGGAAUCAAAAUUUCUAUAACUGAAAACAAUUGGAAUCAUUUUUCAAUAUCGUUUGCUGCUAUUUUUUACAAUAUCAUUUUGCUAUCAUAUUUUAUAGGAAUUGUGAGCGUUGGCCAUUGGGUUAAAUCUGAGUUUCAAAAAACUGUUUCACUCGUCCACAAAUUUUUAACUAAUGUAAAAGAUGAAAAAAUUAUUAAAACAUUUCUUGACUUUUCCUUUCAACUUCUGCAUCGAAAACCAAAUUUUUGCUGUGGUUUAUUUUCGUUCGAUUUGAAACUUGCUUUUACGAUGUUCGGCGCUGCAGCAACUUAUUUAGUUAUUGCAAUACAAAUGGACACAGCAGUCAGUAAACAUGUAUAA